CGGGCGUGCACCUGACGGAGUGAUCCUAGUUCAUCUGAGCCUCCGAUUUCACUCGAAAUGUGAUCGCCACUAUCUCUUCAUCCUCAGCCUCAUCGGCAACGCAAAGGGGAAAGGCUCAAGGGCAUCUGCGGACCGUCAGCGCUCCAUCGACGUACCGCUUGCGCACCUGUGCUAGUCUCGUUCUGACCAGCUUGCGGUCUCAUGUGCUGCAGAACAUCGUGCUCUUUGCAGCAUCACGCACACCGCGCCGCUUUCUGCUUUCCUCGGCCGCAUCCAUCAAUCGCAUGUCCUCGACAACUCCCAACGACCGUGACCGCUGAACGCAACCGGGGAGACGGCUCCCAGAGGGGCGGUACGCAGGAGUUGGAUGCACGAAUGGGCGGAGCACGAGUGUGCAUGGGGCUCAAGCUCACAGAUUGUGCGCCUGCCUCACUUACACUCAGCACAUUUUACGGCGCUCUCAUGGGGCCGAUCGCGCACCCUCAACGCCCAACGAUCGACUUCCGGUGACCGGAUCGAUUCAAAUGCAUUGGCGUUUGGGACACCGUGAGCUCUGUUGGUCUCAUUCCCCGCAGUACAGGCUGCCGAUCACCGCUUCAAACGCCAUCUUCUGCACAUUCCGGCACUCGGUCUCGCUCAACGAGUGCCGGGCCAAGUUCAAGCCCAACCUGUGGAACCGGCCCAAUGACCGCGAGCGCCUGCUCAGCAUCACGGACCAGCAGAUUCAGCGGCACCACCACCACCACGACCGGGGCGGCAACUACGCGCACGUAAACGGCAGGCGAAUGCGCGCACAGAAGCGGAUCGAGCAGCAUUACUCGCAGGACAGGACAAAGGAGACGGACAUCGACGAGGUCUGGUUUGCCGGGUGCGACUGCGACUCACGUCGGCGGCGGCUCGGUGGACAACAAGA